AUGAGCGAUAGCGGUUGUGCUGCUUUGACUUUCAAUCUCAUGGUCGCCGUCGCGGCAAUCAUCCUUUUAUGUUUAUACUCAUUUCCAAACCCCCCGAAACUCUCUAUAGAGGAAUUCUCGGUUCCAGCCUUCAACAACUCGUCAAACCAGCCCACCGGAAACAUCUAUUUCGAUCUUAAACUAAGAAAUAUGAAUAAGGCAAUCGGUCUUUACUACGAUGACCCAUUAAGCAUUGCCUUCUUUUAUUACCCAUAUGACGAUCCCUACCAGAAAUAUGCGUGGGCAGGCACUAUGCCAGCUUUUUACCAAGGUAAUGGCAAGACUAAGCAUAUCAGAUCCCUCGAGGAGAACGACCUCCAAUUUCCAUCUACGGUGGUGGUUGACUCAGAAGAGCAAACCCAAGAUCUGGUAGAGAGAGGUCAUGUGAGAACGCUGCUCAAGGAUCACCUCCAGCUGCCAUCUACGUUGGCAGAGACUAGUAAUAAGGGCAUGGUGGGUCGGAUACAGGCGGUGAAUAUUAGGAUUGCCGUGGUUAUUAACUAUAGAUUCAAGUACUGGGUCGGAUCAUCUAAGCAUCAACUCGAGCUGGGUGCUAACGUGGUCGUUGACAAUGACACUGGAGAGAUGGUUUCGCCUGGAAGCAUUGAGUUGGUAGAAUCUGCAGCCUCCGCCGGAGGACCAGUUAUGCUCGUGGUGGUUUUUACUUCAUUUCUUCUUAUUAUGUGUUUUUAG